AUGGGGUUUGCAGAGCUAUGGAUUGAGCGGGUUCUACAUUGCAUUUCAACGGUCUCUUUUUUAGUUUUGAUAAAUGGGGCACCUUCGGGGGAGUUUGUUCCUACUAGGGGCUUACGAAAAGGUGACCCUCUAUUCCCGUAUCUCUUUAUUUUACGUGCCGAGGCUCUGUCUGGUUUGUUGUCUGGGGCGGUGGGAAUGGGUCAGCUCCAUGGAGUUAAAGUGACUCAUUUGACACUACCUAUUUCCCUUUUGUUUUUUGCGGAUGAUAGUGUGAUUUUCUCGAAGGCUAAUGUUGAGGAAGUUAAUUCUAUCCGGGAUAUUUUGCAUACCUAUGAGAUAGCGUCCGGACAAAUGGUGAAUUUUGGGAAGACCACGGUCUCAUUUAAUAAGGGGGUUGCUGACAAAAGGAGGGUGGAGCUGGCAAGUUUGCUUGGUGUGGAGGUGGUGGAUGUUCAUGACAAGUACCUUGGCUUACACACGGUAGUGGGGAGGUCAAAAAGGGUGCUUACUAAGGGUAUUAGGGAUAAGUUAUGGAGUCGAAUCCAAGAUUCACUGGGUUGCUUGGAAGAAAUUAUAUUAUGUGAGCCUAAGGAGAAAGGGAGUUUGGGUUUUCGGGACUUCAAAUCUUUCAAUUUGGCUCUACUAGGGAAUGCUGCGGUGAUCAAGGAGCACUUUCUUUCUUUUGAAUGUGAGCGAAUAUUGAGCAUUCCUAUUAGUUCCAGACUGCCAGAGGACUCUCUUUGUUGGGAUCUUAAGAAAGGUGCAUAUUCGGUGCGGCCUUCUUACUGGGUGAUAUUUGGGGAGCUUGAUGCGAAUGAUGCUGCUGGUGCGUUGUGGUAUACUACUGCUUUGCCAAGGGUAAAGCUCUUCUUUUGGAGAGCUUGUAGGGGAACCUUACCCAUUUUGGUGGGACUGGGGAAACGCUUGCCAGGAAGGAGUACAAUUUGCUCGCUAUGUGAAGUUGAGAAUGAAUUUGAACUUCACUGCUUGAAGGAAUGUGUGAUUUCUCGAAUGAUGUGGGAUACGUGUGGUUUCUUGAUGGAUGUGGGAGGUUGUUUUCGCACCUUUGGGGAUAUGGCUGCGGCGGCUCGGAACAAAUGGAUUUUUGAGGGCGAAGCUUGCAAUCUACAACAUUCAUUGGAGUAUGCGACUAAGCUAAUGAGUGAAUUGAAGGGGGAAGAGGGCGAGCUAGUCAGCAUAGGUGGAAGAGCGAAACAGAAAUGGUGUCCACCUGGGUAG